AUGUCGUACAUUAAAUUACAUCCUCUAUAUCUCCCUGAAAUUUUAACUGAAAUUUUCUCAUAUCUUGCUGAAAAUAAAACAUUAUACCCAACCUUAUUCGUCAACUGGUUGUGGCAUUUAUACUCUGCCCCAAUAUUAUGGAAAAAGGCUGAAUUUUCUGGUGACCUUAACAAUACAUGUAUGCGGUGGAGAAAAUUUAAACAAGUAAUGUGUGGAAAAUACGCAGAGCGAGGAACAAAGUUCCAUAAACCACAUGCUCCAUUUUUACUUCAACUUCAUCUCUCUAGAUAUAAGGUCUCUAACAAUGUGCUGUAUAAGAUCGCUGGAUCCUGUCCUAAUUUACGCCAUCUAAAGGUCAAAUGGUGCUGUGGUUUAUCAUAUAGAGUUAUUAGCAAGAUUGCACAAAUUUGUCCUUUGGAAUUCCUCAGUGUUUCAUGCAAUAGUAAAG